UGGAGACAUGACCAUAUGAAAGGAAGUCCAUUCUUAUAAUUCUGAUACCUGAGAUGUAACUGGACUAAACAGAAAAAAUUUUAGUGCCAACCUUAAUUACAAUGGCUACUGAUUCAGGGGGGGCAGCUAGCACAGAAGAUUCUGAGAAACCUGAUGGAGUUUCAUUGAAAGACAGAGUUCCUCAGGAUGCAGCAACUUUAACAGUGGAAGCUAGACUAAAAGAAAAAAACAGUACCUUCUCUGCUUCUGGGGAAACUAUAGAAAGGAAGAGAUUCUUCCGAAAGAGCGUAGAGAUGAUGGAAGAUGACAAAGCUGCUGAAUCUUCCUCCAAAGAUGAGAGAAUGAAGACUGCACCAAAUAUUCCAAGAGUAGAAAAGCUUCCUACAAAUGUGCUAAGAGGUGGUCAAGAAGUUAAAUAUGAACAGUGUUCAAAAGCAACUUCAGAAUCAUCAAAAGAUUGUUUCAAGGAGAAAUAUGAAAAGGAAAUGGAAGAAGAAGCAGAAAUGAAGGCUGUAGCUACUUCUCCUAGUGGCAGAUUCCUGAAAUUCGACAUAGAGCUGGGAAGAGGAGCAUUUAAAACAGUAUAUAAAGGACUGGACACUGAAACUUGGGUUGAGGUUGCCUGGUGUGAGCUGCAGGACCGGAAAUUAACAAAAGCUGAGCAGCAAAGGUUCAAGGAAGAAGCAGAGAUGUUAAAGGGUCUCCAACACCCCAAUAUAGUUCGAUUUUAUGAUUCCUGGGAGUCUACAUUAAAAGGAAAGAAAUGUAUUGUUUUGGUGACUGAACUUAUGACAUCAGGAACCUUGAAGACGUACUUAAAACGAUUUAAAGUCAUGAAACCAAAGGUCUUAAGGAGCUGGUGCAGGCAAAUUUUAAAGGGGUUGCAGUUCUUGCACACCAGGACACCUCCUAUUAUUCACCGGGAUCUGAAGUGUGAUAAUAUUUUCAUCACGGGACCCACUGGAUCUGUGAAGAUUGGAGAUCUAGGACUAGCCACCUUAAUGCGCACGUCAUUUGCUAAGAGUGUCAUUGGGACUCCUGAGUUUAUGGCCCCGGAGAUGUAUGAAGAGCACUAUGAUGAAUCUGUAGAUGUCUAUGCUUUUGGAAUGUGUAUGCUGGAAAUGGCUACUUCGGAGUACCCUUAUUCUGAAUGCCAGAAUGCAGCUCAAAUAUACCGUAAAGUAACUAGUGGCAUAAAACCAGCCAGUUUCAAUAAAGUCACUGAUCCUGAAGUGAAAGAAAUCAUUGAAGGAUGUAUUCGUCAAAACAAAUCUGAAAGGUUGUCUAUCAGGGACCUACUAAACCACGCAUUUUUUGCUGAGGAUACAGGACUGAGGGUGGAGUUAGCAGAGGAGGAUGAUUGCUCAAAUUCAUCCCUGGCUUUAAGACUCUGGGUUGAAGACCCUAAAAAAUUGAAAGGCAAGAACAAAGACAAUGAAGCUAUUGAAUUCAGUUUCAAUUUAGAAACAGAUACACCUGAGGAAGUAGCAUAUGAAAUGGUCAAGUCAGGAUUCUUCCAUGAAAGUGAUUCCAAAGCUGUUGCUAAGUCCAUUAGAGAUCGGUUGACCGUGAUAAAGAAGACAAGGGAGAAGAUACCAGCUGGCUGUCUGGAAGAACGCAAGGAUUUCCAGUGCAAGUCUGCAGUGAAUGUACUCCUUCAGCACCAGAAUACAACUUUGCCCCCUGCUCCUGCUCAGCAAACUGGGGCUGAAUGUGAAGAAACUGAAGUUGAUCAGCAUGUUCGACAACAGCUUCUACAAAGAAAACCACAGCAUCACUGCUCGUCUGUUACAGGUGACAGUUUGCCUGAGGCAGGAGCUGGAUCUUUGGUACACUCAGAUACUUCAAGUCAUCCCACUGUAGCCUACUCCUCAGACCAGAAGAUGGGCUCUCAAAUGGUUUCUAACAUCGUGCAGACUGAAACAAAUGUUCCAGGGAAAAAUUAUCCCUCCCAGCAGCUAGUAGGACAUUACCAGCAGAUUUCAGGGUUGCAGAAGCAGCCAAAGUUGACUCAGCCCCAAAUUUUGCCUUUGGUUCAAGGUCAGUCUACUAUUUUGCCUGUACAUGUCCUUGGACCUCCAGCUGUCUCACAACCCCAGGUUUCCCCAUUAACUGUUCAGAAGGUCUCACAGAUAAAGCCUGUAUCCCAACCAGUUAGAGUUGAACAACAAGCAACUUUUCUAAAACCGGAUUUAGUUCACAGUAGUUUGAAUCAUGAUGUAACAGCUGUGAAGGAAAACACCAAUACCCCUGAUAAUCCAAGUGGAAAUGGCAAACAAGAUCGGAUCAAACAGAGAAGAGCUUCCUGUCUUCGACCUGAGAAGGGGACUAAAUUCCAACUUACUGUCCUUCAGGUGUCAACCUCUGGAGACAACAUGGUGGAGUGUCAACUAGAGACACACAAUAACAAGAUGGUCACCUUCAAGUUUGAUGUUGAUGGUGAUGCACCAGAAGAUAUUGCAGACUAUAUGGUUGAAGAUAACUUUGUGCUGGAAUGUGAGAAAGAAAAAUUUGUAGAAGAGUUGAGGGCUAUCGUAGGUCAAGCCCAAGAGAUCCUUCAUGUCCACUCUACUGCAGAAAGAACCACUGCAGUUGACUCUGUUACCAUGGAAUCCAACAGUAGCCAAACAGGAUCAUCUGAACAAGUACAGAUAAAUUCUGCAUCCACUCAAACCAGCAAUGAAUCUGCUCCUCAGUCAUCCCCAGUUGGUCGGUGGCGAUUCUGUAUCAAUCAAACAAUAAGAAAUCGUGAGGCUCAGUCUCCCCCUUCUCUUCGACAGUCUAUGUCUACAGUUCCUGGGCCACAUCUGCUUUCUGGUCCAAGAAACACAAGUUAUAAGGAAAAAUCACAGGACACACUGCCCACUCUAGAAAAUAAUCCAUGCCACCGUGCACUUUUCACCUCCAAAUCAGAACGCAAGGAUGUAGUUGAUGGUAAGAUUUCUGAAUAUGCCAGUGUAGAAACUAAGCAGCCAGGUAUACUUUAUCAACUGGAAGGUGACAGACAGCUAAUGGCACCACUUGCUAGUAGUUCCAGUUACACUGCUACUUCAGUUCGUGCAGUUUCAGUUGAAUGUGAGGGACUCGCCAAUCAAGCAGGCAUAUUUCUGCCAGUGUAUCCAUGUCAUCAAACUGCCAGUCUGGCUGAUGUACUUCUGGUUCCUCCUGGCGAGUCAACUCAGAUUGCUGGUAGCUCUCUUACAACUCUGGCAUUUGUGUCUGAUCAAAAGCCUCAAUCCUUAUCAGUGCAGCAGCCAACUGUGGAUGCAGAGUUUAUUACCCAAGGAGAAACCACAGUGAACACUGAAGCAAGUUCUCCUAAGAUGGUCAUUUCCACUCAGACCCACAGCCUUGAACCAACUACCCUUCUAUCCACUACUAUCCUGGAAUCAGAUGGGGAAAGACCUCCAAAAAUGGAGUUUACAGACAACCGAAUUAAAACUCUGGAUGAAAAAUUAAGAAACUUGCUCUAUCAAGAGCAUAGCAUAUCUAGCCUGUAUCCUGAGAGUCAGAAGGAUACCCAAAGCAUAGACUCUCCAUUUUCUUCCUCUGUUGAAGAUACACUUUCGUGUCCAGUGCCAGAAGUCAUAGCCAUCAGUCACAGUGGAAUUCAAGAUAGUUCUACACAGUCACCUAAUUUUCAGCAGAUAGGCUCUAAGAUUCUGUCCAAUGUGGCUGUGAGUCAGCCUGCUAACAUAUCAGUGUUCAAAAGGGACCUGAAUGUGAUAACUUCUGUGCCCAGCGAAUUAUGUUUACAUGAGAUGUCCCCAGAUGCUUCACUUCCAGGGGAUCCAGAGGCCUAUCCUGCUGCUGUGUCAAGCGGUGGAGCCAUUCAUCUGCAGACAGGAGUGGAAACAGAAGAUUUAAGAUCAGCAGUUGCUCCUGAUCCCAUUCCUCUGACAGGAGAGUCCACAGCUGAUACUAGGGCUUUGAGUAGAUGUAAAGCAAUGAGUGGAUCGUUUCAGCGGGGGCGGUUCCAGGUGAUUACAGUUCCUCAGCAGCAGUCAGUGAAAGUGACAUCAUUUGGAAUAGAAUACAUACGAGCAUUCAAUAAAGUGACAAGCCAUUCUAGUGAAGAAGCUCUAGCCAUUACUGAAGUAGCAAAGUCUCAGUUGGUAGAAAUGGAACCUGCCACACACCAUCCACAAACUUCAUUUUCUUCUCAGAAGUUUCAAGCUCUUCGCAAAACCUUUAAAGAAGAUAAAAGGAUUCCCCAACAAAUAGACAACUUCUCGUCUUUCAGCAUAGCUUGUGAGACUGAUCUAUCUUUCAUGACCCCAGAGAAGAAAUUGGAAGAAAUUUCAGCCACAGAAAGUAGCAUGCAGUCUGGAUAUGAACUGUUGCUUAAAGAGAGAGAGAUACUUCCUGCUGGGAAACAGGCUAGCUCUGAUAAUGAAUUUUUAGCCACUCCUGCUGGCAGAGGGAAGUCAGUGGCAAAGACUGGUCUAGAGAGUGAUCAGUGUCUACCACUCCAUGAAGAAAAAGCCUAUGCUCAAACACCGAGCUCACUCUUCUAUUCACCAUCUUCCCCAAUGAGUAGUGAUGAUGAGUCAGAAAUAGAGGAUGAGGACUUGAAGGUGGAGCUUCAAAGAUUACGAGAAAAACACAUUCAGGAGGUGGUAAAUCUUCAAACCCAGCAGAAUAAGGAGCUGCAGGAGCUCUAUGAACGCCUUCGGGCAAUUAAAGAUAGCAAAAUCCAAUCAUCAGAGAUUCCUCUGCUACCUUCAUCACCACGCAGACCAAGAUCUUUCAAAAGCAAACUUCGCAGCCGCCCCCAGUCCUUGACACAUGUGGACAGAGGUGCAGCUGCUACAGAUCCAUUGUGUGUAGAGACUAAUGCAGCAUCAUGCCAGCAAUCUCCAGCUAGUAAAAAAGGGAUGUUCACAGAUGACCUACACAAACUCGUGGAUGACUGGACAAAGGAAACAGUAGGACAUUCUCUUAUUAAGCCAAGUUUAAACCAACUUAAACAGAGUCAACACAAACAAGAGACAGACAACUGGAACAGAACAUAUGAAAAUACUACAUCUACUAUGGGCUACACAUCAACAUGGAUUUCUUCUCUGUCCCAAAUACAUGGAGCUGUCCCAACCUCCUUGCCACAAGGACUCUCACUCCCUUCAUUUCCUGGGCCAUUAUCAUCAUAUGGAAUGUCCCAUGUUUCUCAGUUUAAUGCUGUGGGGGGUCCAGCGUAUCCAGUACAGUGGGUAGGAAUUUCAGGAACACCACAACAGUCUAUAGUAAUUCCUACCCAAUCUGGGGGACCAUUCCAGCCAGGGAUGAAUUUUCAGGUGUUUCCAGCUUCCUCAAUGCAGAAUCCAUCCACAAUUCCACCUGGUCCCAAAUGAAUCAGAGUAGAUGAUGAAGAAAAGGGACAUUUUUUUUCAGAAUAAUUUUCAGGACACCUAAGAUAUUAAAGUUUCUUCUUGGGUUCUGUCAUAUUUUCCCUCAUUUGAGUUGACUUUCCACUGUAUUUUGUUGUUGUUCCAAUGUAGUAUUUGAUAUAGCUCAUCAUUCUGUUGAACUGUGCAGUUUGUACAUAGAAUACUGCGUACAGAAAUGUUUUUCACUUCAAAUCUAUCCUCUUUGAUACUUGAUUUUUUUUAAAAUACUGUUCAGAAUGCUUUAAUAAGCUCAGCUUGAGCAUUACCAUUUCCAGGACACCUUCCGUGAAUUGCUAAGAAGGCCCCAUUUUUUACUGCUGCUAUGUGCAGCUUGAUGAUACUUUUAUUUAGAAUGUAUAAAUACUAUUUACAUUGAUAUUCCCCUAACAUGAACGAAAUGAGACCCUCCAAUAGCCUGAAUCUUACGGGAUUCUUCACACAUUUAUCUUAGAUUUACCAUUCACAG